AUGAGUUAGGAAACUAAAGUAAUUAUGAAUUAUUAAUAUAAUACUUGUGACAUAAUUGGGAGAGGGUUUAGUUCUAUCGUCUACAAAGGAAUAAACACCUCGACAAAAGAGAAUGUAGCAAUAAAAGUAAUGAUUUUUAUUAUCUAUUUUAGGUUAUUAAGAGAUAGUUCUCAGAUCAACUACCUCUUAUUUAAAAUGAAAUAAAAAUCCUAUCGAAAUUGUAAGGACGUAACAUAUUGAAGUUUUAUGAGCAUUUUAUGAGUCAGAAUAAUAUAUAUAUCAUCACUGAAUACUGUAGGUAAGGAGAUUUAGCAUAGAAACUAAAGUAACUAGGAUAUUUGAAAUAGGAAAGUGCUGUAGCAAUUAUUCGAUAGAUCAUAGAUGGUAUUUAAGUGAUGGCUUAACAAAGUAUUCUAAAUUAUCAUUUGAGAUAUUAUCCAUAGAGACUUAAAACCCUAGAACAUCUUAAUUAAUGAAGACGGUAUUAAAAUAGCCGAUUUUGGUUUCGCAAAGCCCUUAAAUCAAUUAUAAAAUGAAAUGAAUGUUGGUACUCCUCUUUACAUGAGUCCAGAAACCAUAAUAAAAUCCUAAUAUAACGCUAAAAGUGACAUUUGGAGUUUAGGAGUUCUAUUUUAUGAAAUUCUCUUUGGAAGACCCCCCUGGUAGGCUUAGACAGAAUAAGAACUGAUUUUUAAGAUGUUAAAUUAACGCAUCUCUUUUCCAGAUGUUCCUACUGUUUCAGAAUCAGUAAAAGACUUUAUAAAAUAAUGUCUUAUCGUUGAUCCAUAUUUAAGAUUAGGAAUAACAGAACUUAUCAAACAUCCUUUAAUUAAAAAGACUACAAAAAAAACAGAGAAAUUUACCAGACCAACUGAAACUGAGAGCACUGAUUAAACUAUUAAAUCUGAAAUUCCAAACAAUUCAGAACCAUGGACUUACAAUAAUUCUAAUAAAAAAUUAGUUCAUGUGAAUUGUAAGAAUCCUUAAAUUAAUGCAAUUCUAAAUAAGUAUUUGAAUACAAAAAACAAUUAAGUUUCUAAUAAUAAGACCAAUUCUAAAACCUAAAUUUAGUUUGACGAAAUUUAAUUAAUUUUAUAAAGCUAAUUCUCUUUAUGCAUAUUUCUCAAUAAUAUAAUAUCUAAAUUAAGAGAUUUCAGAUUAGCCACUCCUUUAUUAAAUGAAAAAUGUAGGAUAAUAUUUUCAAAACAUUUACAAUCUAUCAAGGAUAAAAUUUACAAAUAAUUAAUAGAGAGCGAUAAUAAAUUUAAGUUUAAGGAUUGGUAAUUAUUUUGCAAAGAGAAUGCAUAUAGCAGAUUUAGUGCUAAAUUUAUUUUGGAAAAUAAUUAGUUUACUAAGACAUGUUAAGAAUAUAAUCAAAUGAUAAAAUCUAAUAAAUCCUUAAUAAUUGAAUAUUAAAAAUAUGAUUCAGAAUUCUAUUAAAUUUUGUUUGGUUUAGAGUGGAAGGUUAUUAAAAAGAUAGUCAGAAAUUUAAUAAUAGAGUUGAAUCAUUUAAUUGCUUAAAAUAUUGAUACAAGUAACUUAAGUAAUAAAAUCAGCAAAUAAUAAUAAAUUGAAAUUUCUCUCUUAUAACAAUCAUAUUAUUAUUUUGAAAUUGUUGAUAAGUAUUAUUUGAAGGAAUUUGAUGAGAAGAGGUUUGGACAAGAAUCAAAAAUACAAUAGUAGAUGAUAGUAAAGGAAUUGAGAAUAUCUGAUUACUUAGAAAUAAGAUAACUUAUUAAGAGACUAAUGAAAUUAUGA